AUGGACUUUGCACCCUAUCAGUCCUCCCCACCAGAGCACACCCGCUCCCCAUCCAACAGCACCACCGCUGGGUCUCCGAGAACAUCACUCGACACCACACGCAGGGGAGCGUUUUCCCCGUCCAACUACCAACACCGUCCACCAGCGAACUCACCCCCGCCGCUUCAACACCCGCAGCCGCAGAGGGCGUGGAGCGGGGAUAAUGUAGGGCGAUAUCAGAGUCCGCUGGCGGCAAACGUCUGGACGAGCGGGGAUUCGUAUCAGAACGAGACCGGGAACGGGGUGGCGUCGAGCGCGAUGGGGGAUUACUUUAGCAGUCUGGGGGCGAGGGAGGGGAUGGUAUCGGAGUUUGAUACGAGCUUGGGGUUGAGGCUGGAUUAUGAGGCUUGUCUGGCGUAUUUGGCGUUUCCGCCGCUGGGGGGGAUAUUACUGUUGAUUUUGGAGAGGAAGAGUGAUUACGUCCGGUUUCAUGCGUGGCAGUCGAGCUUGCUUUUCACGGGGCUGUUUGUCCUGCAUUUGCUGUUUAGCUGGUCGAGUUUCUUGAGCUGGGUGAUGUUUUUGGGGGAUUUGGUGUUGAUUGGGUGGUUGGUGUUGAAUGCGUAUCGGGAUGCUGAUACGCUGGAUAGGUAUGAGGUGCCGAUUGUUGGACGGAUAGCGAGCAGGAUUCUCGAUGAUGACUGA